AGCCGCGAGCAUCAACUUUGGCCGUGCUGUUAGCCCGGGCACAAAGUUACCCGAAGGAUGAUGCGCGGCUUUGCCGAGACGAUUCUUACCUCUCGGACGGCCACCUACAUUGACAGCUUGUGCGAGAAGCUAGCAGGCGAGCACAUACUGGACCCGAAGGAUCUGCUGGGAGCUUCCGAGAAGGCCUUGGAGAACAAACUCUCGAAUCACGCCGCUUUCAACUGUGGCGAGAUGGGUGACACCCUCCUUCUUCGAAGGGCACUGCCCAGCGAGAGAAGCGAGAGAAGGCGAUCAAGGAGCAGACGCCGACCAAACGUGGAUCACUUGCGAGAUCGCGAAGCUCGCGGCCCACGGAAGCCGGCGCUUUGGGCAGCUGUGGAGACGGGCGAUGCGGCAGCAGUCCAGCAGCUGCUUGACACGGCUCCCAUCGAGGAGCGAUAUCGUGGCUGGACGCCUCUUAUGAAAGCUGCAGAGGAUGCAAAUGUGGACAUCAUUGAGCUGCUGCUGGCGAAGGGCGCAGAUGUGGAGGCCACCAACCGGCGGGGCCGCGGGCCUCUGUCCUUCGCGGCGGCGCCGUCCGCGGGCGCCCGCGAGGGCGAGGCCGCGGCGGCGGUGCAGCUGCUGCUGGCGCGGGGCGCCGACGCGCAGCGCAAGGACGCCGACGGCCUCACGGCCCUCGCGCGCGCACAGCGCGAGCGCCCUGAGGCAAUUGAUGUCAUCAAGGAGUUUGAGAACAGCUCGAUUAAGGAAGAGAUCAUGUAGAAGCGUCCCCGAGAGCAGACCCGCAGAACAAGCUUGAAGGAAAGCACGGUCCUAGCGCA